AUGCCUCGUAAAGAAAGUGGGUUGAGGGAGUUAGAUGAGGCUGCUACAGGCAUUGGAUACCUCAUCAGCUGGGUGAAUAGCACACUUCGCAAGAAUAACACAGUUUGCAAGGAUAGUUGGGUGGAGCAUAUUGUGGACAAGAGGCGGAAUAAGAAGGGAAAGUGGGAAUACCUGAUCAGGUGGAAGGGCUAUGGAAGUAAAGAGGACACAUGGGAGCCAGAGCACCAUCUACUACAUUGCGAGGAGUUCAUUGAUAGCUUCAACAGCUUGCAACGACAUUCGCACAAACAGCCUCAAAUUCCCAAAUGCAUGACCAAUGGGCACCUUGCAGAAAAUCCCAGAGGUCGGUCUGACGGACGAAAGAAGAAAAGUACUAGUGACAUUGCUGUUGGGGUUCGAGGAGGUACGGCUCUUGGGAUUGGAAGUAGAGGGUCAGGACAUGUUAACAGGCCAACGAAUUGGGUCCUAGGGCCUGGAAAACAUGCACAGCAGGAUAAAAUGUGCAACUCUACAACGUUUAAGACUCCGCCAAUAGGCGCCCCUCGCUUUUUGGCUCAAGUGAAGAAAUCGCAUAAUGGACUUCUGAAUGGAAAUGGGGAGCCGCAUGUUUACAGGGCAGCUUCAAGGUCACAUAGAGCACUCCCAGACAGAGUGGAUGGAGGUCUGGAUGAAAGAGGUACUACUGAUUUAGGCCCAAAUUUCGGAGUAGAACUCUGCUCCCCCCUGGCCAAUGGCAAGAUGCAUCUGCAGAGCUCAGUAAAACGCAAGCUGGCAGAGGAGAAGUGCUAUGUGUUUGACAAGCGGCUCAGGUACAACGUGCGACAGAACGAGAGCAACUGUCGAUUUCGGGACAUCGUAGUGCGGAAGGAGGAUGGUUUCACACAUGUCCUCCUUUCUAGCCAAACAACGGACAACAACGCUCUGACGCCGGAGAUCAUGAAGGAGGUGUGUCGGGCUCUAGGUAACGCGGCAGCCGAUGACAGUAAACUGUUAUUACUCAGCUCUGUGGGGACCAUCUUCUGCAGCGGGCUAGAGCCAUCCUACCUGAUGGGCCGUCUGUCCACCGACCGCAGGAAAGAGAGCAGUCGCAUUGCAGAUGCUGUACGGGACUUUGUAUUGGCAUUCAUACGCUUCAAAAAGCCAAUAGUGGUGGCGAUCAACGGGCCUGCCUUGGGCUUGGGAGCUUCCAUCCUGCCACUGUGUGAUGUAGUAUGGGCCAGUGAGAGAGCCUGGUUCCAGACUCCUUGUGCGGCCCUCCACCUCACCCCCUCCGGCUGCUCCUCUUACACUUUCCCUCAAAUCCUUGGUGUGGCUUUGGCCAAUGAGAUGCUUUUCUGUGGCCGAAAGCUAACAGCGCAAGAAGCUUGCAAUCGAGGUCUGGUGUCACAGGUCUUCUGGCCCACCACAUUUAAUCAAGAAGUGAUGUUACGUGUGAAGGAGAUGGCAUCAUGUAAUGCCAUGGUUCUAGAAGAAUCCAAAUGCCUGGUGAGGAGCAUCCUCCUGCGAGUUAUGGAGGAAGUAAAUGAGAAGGAGUGUCAGAUGCUAAAGCAGCUGUGGUGUUCCACAAAAGGGCUAGAGGCGCUCUUUAGCUACUUACACAACAAAACGUGUGAGAAGUGA